AUGACGUGAUAUCAGCCGACACUUAAGAUAUCUAUGUGAUAAGAUAAAGUGCUGAAGAUCGAUAAUUCAAUUUAAAAAGUGAUGCUACAGUGUUGUUUUGUAUACCGUACAUAGAACACAAAAUAAAAAUGGAAUAUUGGAAACCGCGCAGGUAUAAUUUAGAGGAGGAAUACUCUGACAUUCCUUUGUCGCCCACUCAACUUGAUGGAGUUAUGACUUGUCCACCUAUAAACAGGGAAGAUUCAGUCGAAGAUAAAAGUACUGAAGAUAAACUAAUUCCAUCGCCUAGAAAUCUUGAAACUGCAGCAGCGGAGAGAAGCAUUCUUUACAAUCUCAAGGCUUUGAACAGAAACGAGCCCACGUACAAAUUAGAAGCGUUCGAAAAAAACUAUCUCGUGGUGUUCAAUCAAGAAAAUAUUGAGGGACACGAUCCAAGACGGGGCACUGAAAAGGAUGUCGAGGCUUUGGAGCAUACUUUUGGCAAAUACGGAUUUGAAGUUCAAGUACACAAGGAUCUUACGAAAGCUGAAAUAUUAGAGGAAUUAAGAGUUUUUAGAGAGAAAGACUUUACUGACUACGGCUGCGUAGCGGUGGCCGUGCUAACGCAUGGAACCUUCGGCGGCUUGCUGCGGGCAAAGGACAAGCAGUACAACGAAACAGAUAUAAUACACCACUUCAAAACCCAUGACAAACCAACGCUCAUAACGAAACCUAAAUUGUUGAUUAUUCAGGCUUGCAGAGGUACAAGGCCAAUACGAGGUGUGUUUGCAUUACAAUCGGCGACUACUAUUCAAAGAGACCUGGAUGAAGAACUUGACCCUUACACACUGCCAAUUGAAUCAGACAUGCUGGUUUUUCACAGUUCAUACAUGGGGAAUCCUUCACAUAGAGAUGAAGUACACGGUUCUUGGUUCAUUCAAACACUAUGUAGAGAAAUCGACCGCCUUUCUCCGAUGGUCGAUUUCGAAUCCAUCAUGACUGAGGUCAAAAGAGCCGUAGCGAUUGACAUGGAACACGAAGUACGAAACAGAGCGACGGGAGACAUAGACAUAAACAAACAAAUGCCAGUUUUAUCUUCAACGUUAAUAAGGAAGCUGUAUCUAAAACAGUAUAUGGACAGUGGCCCAAGCUUGUCCCUGUGCGAUGGCGAAGUGAAUAUCAAUAGGAACGAAGUAUUAGAUGGCCCAGCUCCUGAGACUCCUUUGCUUCCGCAGUUCGGACCUUGUCAAUGUUUUUUAGUUCAUUUUGAUUAUUUGAGACAGUGCCUUGGACAUUUAGUUGAAGAAAAUCCUGACGACGAGAUAGCACAGACGUUUCUCGAACUUUGUGAAUCUUACGAAGACGAUACCAAAUUCAAUGCACCUAAAGAAAUAAUGGUUAGACGUAUUUCUCAGUAUCUCGAAAAGAAAGUGCCAGACAUCGAACAUUUAAAAUACUUAUACUUAUAUAAGAAUCAGUAAUCUCUUAGGUAUUUAUUACUUUAAUUUAUAAUUAAUAA